AUGAUUACCUCCUUCAUCUACGACUACUGCGUCGGCUGGCACAACUUCACGUAUGAGCAAUGCGUUGCCUCCACCUCGGACCUGCCGGCUGAAUGGACGGACUUCACCGUGUGGUACAACAUGGCGUACAACCUGGGCUGUCUCGGCGGAGCCUUUGUGGGUGGGAUUGUGGCUGACAAGCUAGGUCGCCGCUGGACCAUCUUCACGGCCGGUCUACUAUUCUGCAUUGGUACAUCGUGGGUGUGUUUCAACAAGGCACAGGAGCACGGUCUCAUGUAUAUUGCCCGUGUGAUUCAGGGCUUCGGUGUGGGUAACUCGUCGUUCUCACUGCCCCUGUUUGGUGCCGAGAUGGCCCCCCAGGAGCUGCGUGGCCUCCUUUCAGGAUUUAUGCAGAUGACUGUAGUGACGGGUCUCUUCCUGGCUAACGCUGUCAACAUCAUUGUGGAGAACCGCGACCGCGGUUGGCGUACCACCAACGGUGUGGCCAUGGCUGCCCCGAUCGUCGUCCUGCUCGGCAUCUUCUUCGUACCGGAGAGUCCUCGAUGGACGUACCUCCACAAGGGCAAGGAGGAGGCGGAGCGCGUGCUCAAGCGUCUCCGUCAAACGGACAAUGUCGGACACGAGCUACAGGUGAUUGGUGACCAGGUCGAGGAAGAGUUGGCGGCUUCAAAGGGACUCGCCGAGCUGCUCGAGCCUGCCAUCUUCAAGCGUGUGGUGACUGCGAUGCUGCUCCAGGUGCUGCAGCAGGCCACUGGUAUCAACCCCAUUAUGAGCUACGGCGCGCUCAUUUUUAAGGACAUCACCAACGCCGGUAUCUACUCGGCCUUCUUCAUCUCCGGUGUCAACUUCCUCAGUACCAUUCCGGCCAUGCGUUGGGUGGAUACUUUCGGUCGUCGCCAGCUGUUGUUGAUUGGUGCCGUAGGUAUGGUGACCGGUCACUUGUUUGCCGCCAUCCUGUUCACCGCCAUCUGUGGCGGCAACGUCGACAAUGCCGGUUGCCCCAAGGUCGGUGGCUGGUUCAUUUGUCUUGGCUCGGCCUUCUUCGUCUUCAACUUUGCCAUUUCCUGGGGCCCCGUGUGCUGGAUCUACCCGGCCGAGAUCUUCCCUUUGGGUGUGCGCGCGUCGGCCGUGUCGCUCUCGACGGCUGCCAACUGGGCCAUGGGUGCUGUCAUGACGGAGGUGGUGAAGCUUUUCCCGCAUCUGAACAUCAAUGGUGUGUUCUUCUUGUUCGCGGGUCUGUGCUGUAUCUGCGGCAUAUUUGUGUACUUCUUCUGUCCCGAGACGAAGGGCAUCAUGCUGGAGGACAUCGAAGAGCUGUUCCAUCGCGGACAGCUGCUUUCGUGGAGGUCAAGUCCCCGCAACAGUCAAUGGCUUAGCUUUUUAUAA